AGUUCGGUGCUGCUGCUGGAACAGAACCAGUAGAACGGCGGUCCGGUUCGGUUGGAGUUUGUGUCUGAUCCGGACCGGUUUCCUUCUCGAAGCUGGACCUUAAAGACUCUGAGUUCGGGUCCAAACCGGUUCGGGAGGAGCGGGACAGACGGCUGCAUGGGGAUCUGGACUUGAUGCAUGUCUCUGCUGCAUGACUGCUGUUGGACAGAGAGUGCACGUCUGCAGCCAUGGCUCAAACUGUGCACGUUAACGGCAGCGGAGCAGCACAAGCCCAAACAUGCUUGAACGCUGGAGAGAAGGACUCGUACUACGUUGAAACUCCUUAUGGUUUUCAGUUGGACCUGGACUUCCUGAAAUAUGUCGAUGACAUUGAGAGAGGAAACGCCGUGAAGAAGCUGAGUAUCCAAAGGAAACCCAAAGUGGCCAAACCCCGAGGCAGUAUCGGUGAGGUGGGCCAUCGGCCUGAAUGGACCUCCACAGACUCCCUGUCCUCAUCCAACAGCGACGGCAAACAGUCCCCGGUUUUCUUCACCUCCAGACCUCCAGAGGCUCCUCUCCUGACCCCCACCCUGUCCAGGAGGACCUGUGAACCAGCACCCCAUCAGUCCUACCCCAGUGUGUCUGACCAGAAGCUGCAUCUCCCACCUCCUUCGCCCAGGUUUGCUUCCAGCCACAACCCCCAGGUGGAGAAGACCCUGAUGGAGACUCGGCGCCGUCUGGAACAGGAGCGACUCCUCAUGCAGCCGCACAGCGAGCCGCUGAUGCCCCGCCGCCGCCUUGGCAGCUUUGGUGGGAUGGGCUCCAGCAGCUCUCUGUCAUCGUACUCUGGUUCUGUCGGCCCGAGCCAGCAACUGCCAGUCAACAACCUGUCGAACGGAGAGUUCAACCAUUAUUACCCUGCCUCGGUGGGCUGCUCCAUCCGCCACAGCCCCAUGAGCUCCGGCGUGGCCACCCCGGUGACGAACGUCAGCCCGCUGCAGCUGCAGCAGAUCCGAGAGCAGAUGGUGGUGGCUCUGAAGAGGCUGAAGGAGCUGGAGGAGCAGGUGAAAUCCAUCCCUAUCCUUCAGGUGAAGAUUGCUGUUCUCCAGGAGGAGAAACGACAGCUGGCUGCUCAGUCCAAGAAUCCGGGCUUCAGGAAACGCUCCUACAGCGUGGGCAGCGCCGACCACAUGGACAACCCCAGCUCCAUCCAGAAGGAAGCUGAGCUGAGGAUUGUUGAGCCUGAAGUCCAGGAGCAGAGCUCUCAGCGGCUGGACGAGUUCAGACGUCUGGCUGCUGAGGUCCAAGCUCUGGAGAAGACAUCCAAGGAGAAUCCUGAAAACCUGGUGCAGAACCAGGCUCUGCAGAGGUCCGUUGGUGUGGUAACCGAUGAAAACAUGAACAGUGUCCCACUGAAGCAAACAGAGCCCAGGCUGAAGGAUGUGGGGGUGGUGACGGAGCGGCCGGAGGUCCGCAGCGCAGCAGUUGUUGUGACUGAGACCAUGCUGGGUGUGACCAGCGACGCUGAGAAAGAGGUGGAGCUCCAGCAGCAGACCAUCGAGGCCCUCAAAGACAAGAUCUACCGCCUGGAAGUGCAGCUGAAAGAAACCACUCACCACAUGGAGAUGGGCAAGCUGAAGCUGGAGCUGCACACAGCCGGGGGGUCCAACAGGAAGAGGGCCGACAAAGGCUUGAUGGUCCGGCCGGACACGUACCACGCCUGCGUGGAGGCCAGAGUCCAGGUGCGCCAUCAGGGAGUGGGUGACCACGUGGAGUUCAGGCACGCUGCCACAGAUCCUGCUCUACAGACCAACAGUGUGGGAGUGUCCUGUCGGCCCAGCGUCCACAGCGUCUCCGUGGGACCGGACCUCCCGAUGCACCGGUGGCUGGUGCGGGAGCAGGUGGAGGUCCAGGACCAGUGUGUGGGGCGGCGGGUGGAGACGUGCCACCAGCAGGUUGGCGUGGAGCUGAGUGUUUCUGAGACAGGAGUCAACACGGAUGAGACAGUGGACAGUUUGGACCUCCGUAGAGACGAGACGCAGCAGAAGAAAGAGUCCCGGUCCGUCGGCUGUGGAGACUGUUCUGUAGAUGUGAUGGUUAGUCCAGUCAAGGUCAUGGUUUCACAAGGAACUGACCCAGUCUUGGUCAGUAAGGUGGACUCUGGAGUUCUGGCUGUUCCUGAAUCAGCCACGCAGCAGACCGGUACCGAAGCAGAAGUAACGAGUCGUUCCACCAACACUCAGACCCCCGAGCUGACGGACUCUUUCACCAACAUGGAGCUGAUCUUCUGCCAUAAACAAACCAACACUUCAGCACCAGAGACCAGGACUGUGGCUGCAGGGGACGGACUCGUCAAAGAUGCGCCCACAACUGCAAAGACUCGUUCAGUUGCUGUGGGAACAGAUUUGGAGUCACUCCUCAGCAAAUCCACUUCAGCUAAAACCAAAGAGUGUGGGGUGGGUCCACUUAGCAUCAACGACAACUUCCUGAUUGGUUUAAAGACCAGAAACAUGGCCUGUGGUCCAUCCCAGGCAGCAGACUUUGAACCUAACAGGGAGACGCAGACUGCAGCUGCGCCGCUGCAGCCUCAAGGUGGCGCUGGACUGGACCAUUACAUCGAGAGGGUCCAGAAGCUGCUGCAGGAGCAGCAGAUGCUGCUGGCAGAGAACUACAGCGAACUGGCCGAUGCUUUUGGACAACCACAGACCCAGUUUGGCUCCAUCAACAGUCAGCUGGUCAGCACACUGUCCACCAUCAACUCUGUGAUGAAGUCCGGCAGCACCGAGGACAUCCUGGAGCUGAGCUCGGACUCCUGCAGAG